AUGUCUCAGCUGGAAAACGCGAUGGGAAUGACCAUUGCCGUCUUUGACAAGUAUGCAAAGACUGACGGCAACAGGCAAACCCUCAGCAAAGCAGAGCUGAAGACCCUCCUGGAAAAAGAGCUCCCAAACUUCCUCUCGGUAAGAGAACGGGCGGCAGCAUUUCUGCGCAGCGGCUGCGAGGGCUGCCCGCAGGCACAGGUUUUAGUGCAUUAG